AUGGACCCAGAAAGCGCUUUGAAGAGGAUUCAAACUUCAGGCAGCAUCUCCAUCUCGCCCGAGCUGUUCGAGAAGAUCUAUCUCUCCCCACAGAACAAGGUCGCUGGAGAUCUCCGCAAGACCUUUGGUAACCCAACUCCAUUGGCGCUCGGCGGAUUCUUGCUUUCGCUCACUCCUCUCUCUUGCGACUUGAUGGGCUGGAGAGGCGCUGGUGGUAACGGAGCUGCCUCGACCGGAGUGUACUUCUUCUUUGGCGGUCUCCUCAUGAUCCUGGGCUCUCUUGGAGAGUUCAUCCUCGGCAACACGUUCCCCUUCGUCGUCUUCGGUACCUUCGGUGCUUUCUGGCUUGCCUACGCUGCUACUCUUCAGCCGUUCUACAACGCGUACGGUGCUUACGGUGACCCCACUGCUGAUACUUUCCCUGGAAAUGGUCUCGAGACUCGUGGCUUCAACGCUAGUUUUGCAUUCUUCCUGGUCUUCAUGGGUGUUCUCUGCUUUCUCUACAUGAUCCUCGCCCUCCGCACCAACCUGGUAUUCUUCUUGAUCUUCCUGUUCCUCACCCCAUCGUUCGGCCUCCUGGCUGGCGCCUUCUGGCUCUUGGCUGAGGACUUCGAUCCCGUGUCUCCCAACACAAAGAACGCUGCGACUGCGAAGACCUGCAUCAUCGCGGCGGGCGCGACGACCUUUGUGGUUGACAUGCUCGGCUGGUACAUCUUCUUUGCUAUCCUGCUCGCCUCGCUCGACUUCCCGUUCCAGCUUUCGGUCGUCGAUCUCUCCCGCUACGUCAAGGGCGCGUCGGACAAGGCAAGGGCCAGGGAGCACCAGGCUUAA